UUCUUAAAUGGAAGGGUCUGAAAACCCACCAGCAAAAACCAAGAUGUCGGGCUAUGAUGUUCCAUCGUGGGCUGGAAAGCCAUCACCAGGUUUACAUCUUGAUGUACUCAAAGAAACGAAGAUGAUAGAGAAAAUGAUGAUUGAUGAGAAGAAUGUGUAUUACUUUGGGAGAAACUCCAUCGUCUGUGACUUCGUCUUAGACCAUGCUUCGUGCUCCAGGGUCCAUGCAGCAUUGAUGUACCACAAACAUCUCAAUAGGUCCUUCCUGGUUGACCUCGGAAGCACCCACGGCACUUUUCUCGGUUCAAUUCGCCUUGAGGGACACAAGCCGCAGCAAAUCCCCCUGGACAGCACCAUACAUUUUGGUGCCUCGACGCGAUGCUAUGUGCUCCGAGAGAAACCCCAAACAGCAUCUUCAGUUGCAGCAACUGAUUCAAAGUCCGAACAGGAAGAGGACGAAAUUAUCGGUGGCCUCUUGGGAUUACCAGAGGAAGAAACAGAACUAGAGAAUUUAACAGAGUUCAACACCGCUCAUAAUAAAAGGAUAGCCAAUGUUGGGUAUGAGGAGACAACACCCAAGCCAGAGAGGACAAGAAAGAGGAAAAGUGUCGGCCAUAUCUCCUUUGGAGAGGAGGAUGAAAUUAUAAACCCAGAAGACAUUGAUCCAUCAGUUGGUCGAUUCAGAAAUCUAAUUCAGACAUCUGUCGUUCCUGUGAAGAAAAGGCGGUUAGAGGAGUCGCAGAGUGUGAGUGCUGCAAACGACAUGGUAAGGAGGUUACAAGGACUUCACUAUGGUCCGUCGCUGUAUGCGGACCUUCCAGGUGCGGAUAACGAGGCCCUCUUACCAAACACACCCACCACCCCAACCUCGCCCCCAGUUGGUAUGCUUGGUAGCGCUACCCUCGGACUCAUGCAUGCGCCCAAUUUGGCGCCAGAAGUUGACAUGGCCCCGCCGGUUGAGGAAAUGAGGCAAACAACAAUGUUAGCACACAUUCCUAAUAUGGGCAUUGACUUGCCAAAGAAGAAGAAAUAUGCAAAGGAGGCGUGGCCCGGGAAGAAGCCCACACCCUCUCUUUUACUCUAGGAGGCGCGCCUGAGGAGAGAUGGUAACGCAGAGUUGUCAACUUGCAAAUUGUUUUUUUUUUAUACUGCCGUCCGUACAGAACUUGUGAACAAUUUUGAGCCCGUGCCCGGAAGUCUGUUAAGGCGUUGUUUAUCAAGGGAAUUGUUACCAUGUCAACACAGGAUUUUUUAUCAAACGGACAUACUAUAAUAUUUAGAUUGAUACUGAAACUUUUAGGAGGAGUGUAAAAAGAUUGUAGCUGACUGUCAGGAUUGCUUGAUGUUUUCACUAAACGGUACGUGAAUGAUUUGAUGUUGUUUUUUAUCAUGCUGCCUCCAUCUGGGUCUUGUACCUCGUAUCAAAUAACAAUAAUCA